AUGACAUCGAUAUUCACAAGUGUUGGCAGAAGGACUCUGUCAUCAUUGAGACCUUCAUCGUUGCAAUGCUACCAGAACCCUUUGUAUACAACAGGAUGCAUCGGUCGCAUUGGAUCAUUCACAAGCCCUACCCCUGUAUCACCAGUUCCUCUCAGAUCAUUCAAUGAUGCAUCGACAAGACAGUUCCAUUCAAGUUCAAAGUGGAACUCAUUCAAGAACAGUUUGUUGUCAUUCAAUAGCACUGGUUCAACUGCUCCUGUUGACCCUGCUGAGGGUCUCAGUGACAAGGCACCAAGAGCUUACCAGGAUAUGGUGAUUGGUGUACCAAAGGAGACAUACAAGGGCGAGAAGAGAGUCGCCCUCACUCCAGAAAACGUUGCACUCCUGCUCAAGAAAGGAUUCAAAGAGAUCAUCAUUGAAGAGGACGCUGGCAAGGGUGCCAAGUUCUCAGAUGCCGCCUACAUCCAAGCCGGUGCCAAGAUUGGAACCAACUCCGAGGUCAUGUCCGCCGCCGACAUCAUUCUAAAGGUCCGCCCACCCCAGCACAACACCUCGCUCGGCAAGCAUGAGGCCGAGAUGUACAAGGAAGGCUCGACCUUGAUCAGUUUCUUGUGGCCCGCUCAACAACAGGAGACCAUCAAGUUGUUGUCCGAGAGAAAGAUCACAUCCCUCGCCAUGGACUGUAUCCCUCGUAUCUCCCGUGCUCAAGUGUUUGAUGCCCUCUCAUCAAUGGCCAACAUUGCAGGAUACAAGGCAAUCAUUGAGGCCUCCAACAACUUUGGACGUUUCUUCAGUGGCCAGAUCACAGCCGCCGGAAAGAUUCACCCAGCCAAGGUUCUUGUCAUUGGUGCUGGUGUCGCAGGUCUGAGUGCUAUCGGUGCUGCCAGGGGUCUGGGUGCCGUCGUGCGUGCCUUUGACACUCGUGCCGCCGCAAAGGAGCAAGUCAAGUCAAUGGGAGCUGACUUCCUCGAAGUCCACCUCAAGGAGGAGGGUGAGGGUGGCGGUGGAUAUGCCAAGACAAUGUCAAAGGAGUUCAUCGAGGCCGAGAUGGCCCUGUUUGCCAAGCAGUGCAAGGAAGUGGACAUCGUCGUCACAACUGCUCUGAUCCCAGGCAAGCCUGCGCCCAAACUUAUUACCAGAGAGAUGGUCGAGUCGAUGAAGCCAGGCUCAGUGGUCGUCGAUCUUGCCGCCGAGACUGGUGGCAACUGUGAGCUGACCAACCCAGGCGAGAUUGUCAAUCACCGCGGAGUGUCCAUCAUUGGAUACACUGACUUACCUUCGAGAAUGGCCACUCAAUCAUCGCAGCUCUACUCGAACAACAUUGUCAAGUUCCUCUUGUCGCUUGGCAAUUCCGCGAACGCCGAGUUCAAGAUCGAUCUCAAGGAUGAGGUGACCCGUGGUUCGACUAUCCUGCAGAAGGGCAUCAUGGUGUGGCCCGCGCCCAGAAAGGAGGUGCCACAGGCUCCCCCUGCAGCACCCAAGGAGACCAAGCCCGCCGCCGUUGUCAAGCCCGAGAGUCUAUACAACUCAACCCUCAAGAAGGCCUUGAUAUCAGCUGCAGGACUUGCUGGUUCAGCCCUCGUCACCAUGAACAUGCCUCUUCCAUUCAUGCUAAACCUGACCACCUUUGCCCUGUCAUGUAUCAUCGGAUACAAGGUUGUGUGGGGUGUCACACCCGCGCUCCACUCGCCACUGAUGUCUGUGACUAAUGCCGUCUCUGGUAUUGUCGCUGCAGCCGGUAUCCACAUGAUGGGUGGAGGCAUGCUGCCAGGUACCUUUGGCAACUUCCUCGCCGCCACCUCAGUCUUUAUCGCAAGCAUCAACAUCUUUGGUGGUUUCUCUAUCACCAAGCGUAUGCUCGAUAUGUUCAAGCGUCCAACUGAUCCACCCACCUAUGAGUACCUUUAUGGCCUGGGCGCAGCCAGCUUCCUCGCCGCAGCCGCGGCAGUUGCCGGACCCUCCAACGAAGCCAUCGUCCAAAUGUCCUACGUUGCCUCCUCGACACUAUGUAUCAUGUCGAUUGCUGGACUCUCCUCGCAAAGUACCUCGCGACUUGGUAACAUCCUCGGUAUGUCUGGUGUUGGUAUUGGUGUUGCUGCCACCAUUGCCUCGUUGAACAUGCCCGCUGCCCUAUUAAUGCAAGUCGGAGCAAUGAUUGGAGGAGGUGGAGCCAUUGGACUUGCAAUCUCCAAGAAGGUGGGAGUGACCGAGCUCCCACAACUUACUGCCGCCUUCCACAGCUUUGUCGGUUUGGCUGCCGUACUGACCUCCGUCUCAACAUACCUCGGCUCGAUGGACCACCUCACUCAACUUGAUAUGAUUCACCGUGGUGCCAUCUACCUUGGUUCGGUUAUUGGAGGUGUUACAUUCACCGGCUCACUCGUGGCCUUUGCCAAGCUCCAAGGACAGAUUGGAAACUGGAAGUUCCCCUCGAAGCCAUUGCUCUUGCCCAACCGCAACCUGAUCAACCUCGCAAUUGCCACCGCCAAUGCUGGUACCUUUGCCAUCUUCCUCAACACCAACAGCCCAUCCUUGGGUGUUGCCUGUCUGGUCGCCAACGCAGGUCUCUCCUUCCUACAAGGUCAUCUCUUGACCGCCGCCAUUGGAGGUGGUGACAUGCCAGUUGUUAUCACUGUGCUCAACAGUUAUUCAGGAUGGGCACUUUGCGCUGAGGGAUUCAUGCUCAACAAUGAUCUGCUCAACAUUGUUGGUGCGUUGGUUGGAUCAUCUGGUGCCAUUCUCUCGUAUAUCAUGUGUGUGGCUAUGAACCGAUCAUUGCCAAACGUUAUCUUUGGAGGAUAUGGAACAUCAUCCACCGGCACUGGUGAAGCCAUGAAGAUCACUGGCACUCACACCGAGGUCAACGUUGACCAGGUUGCCGAGAUGUGCACCAACGUCAAAUCCGUUAUCAUUGUCCCAGGUUACGGACUCGCCGUGGCCAAGGCCCAAUACCCAGUCGCCGAGAUGACCAAGGCUCUCAUUGAGCGCGGAAUCAAGGUGCGUUUCGCCAUUCACCCAGUUGCCGGACGUCUCCCUGGUCAACUGAACCUCGUCCUCUCUGAGGCAGGUGUUCCCUACGAUAUUGUGUUCGAGAUGGAGGAGAUCAACCACGAGUUGCCAGAGACCGACCUGGCCAUCGUGAUUGGCGCUAAUGACACUGUCAACUCGGCAGCCAUCGAGGAUCCAAACUCGAUUAUUGCCGGUAUGCCUGUGAUUGAGGUAUGGAAGGCCAAGCAAUGCAUCGUCUUGAAGAGAUCGAUGGCCACAGGAUAUGCCGAUGUCCAGAAUCCAAUCUUCUUCAAGCCCAACACUGGAAUGCUCUUUGGUGAUGCCAAGCAGACAUGUGAGGCCUUAAAGAACAAGAUCCUUGCCACUGAGCAAAUGUAA